GUGUCAUCUGAUGAGGGUGAAGUAGGAGUUCCCUGUAUUCUUACUCUUUCCGCUUUAAGGCUCCUGGUGACCGAUGUGCACCACCAGUGCCGAGUUCGAGCUCAACCCAAAAACCAAAACAUGGAAGAACCACAAACAACAACAGCAAGAACAACGACAAGGACGAUAACCCAUUCGGAUUGGUUAAACGACAGGCAGUUUGGGAUCGUACUGGAUGCUGGUAGCUCGGGAACUCGGAUACAAGUCUACAGCUGGAAGUCUCCUCGGGCCCAACUCAACCAUCGAUUGACCAGCCAUCAAUCGACCAAGGUCCUUCCUCGGAUAGAAACUGGAGUUCAGGAUGGUAACGACUGGCAGCUCAAGGUCGAACCAGGUAUCUCAUCCUUCGGCUCGCAUCCGCAUCACUUGGGACAAUAUCUGAAGCCCUUAUUGGACCAUGCUCUCAAGCUCAUCCCAGCCAACCAAAUCGCAACGACUCCAUUCUAUCUAUUGGCAACCGCAGGAAUGAGACUGCUACCUCAAUUACAACAGGACGGGAUUCUGGAAGAAGUGUGCAGUUACAUCAAGACGCACUAUCGGUUUCGAAUCAAUCAGUGUAGCCAGCAUAUCCAGAUCAUUUCGGGGGAAGAAGAGGGCACAUUCGGAUGGGUGGCUGUCAACUAUUUGAUGGAUGGAUUCGAUCGACCGGGCCAUCCAAGUACUGGCUCCCAAGCCUCAUCAACCUUCGGAUUCCUUGACAUGGGUGGGGCCAGUACUCAGAUCGCCUUCGAACCCAACGAGCUUGCCAAAAUCGAACAUGCCGAUAACCUCACCAAGCUUACCCUGAAACUCUUAGAUGGCACUGAUAUCUCUCAUUCCGUCUUCGUCACCACCUGGCUGGGAUACGGCACUAACAAGGCACGCGAGAGAUACGCACAAAAACUGCUCGAGCAAUUCUCCUCAGAUCAUCAAAUUCGGAAACCGAAUCAACUCGAUCAACUGGGUAUCAUCCCCGACCCGUGUUUACCUGCUUCGCUCCUCUUACCUUCUCCAUCUUCAAGUUAUCAGUUCAAUGGGACCGGCGACUUCAAAAAAUGCAUACAAAACGUCUCCCCUCUGUUGAACAAAAACGCACCCUGUCUGGACGAGCCCUGUUUAUUCGAUGGCAAACAUGUGCCCCCGAUCGAUUUCUCUGUGAACCGAUUUAUUGGGAUAUCCGAGUAUUGGUAUUCCACUCAAGACCUUUGGUCGAUGGGUGGGAUCUAUGAUUUUGUGGAAUUCGAGAAGAAGGCGAUCAGUUACUGCCAACUGAACUGGGAAGAGAUUAUCGAGAGCCACAAGUCGGGGACCAAAUGGCCUUCGAAUGUCGAAAUCUCCCGCUUAGAAACCCAAUGUUUUAAAGCUGCCUGGAUCAUCAACAUCCUACACGAAGGGAUCGGGAUCCCUCGGAUCAUCGAUAAGGGUGGCCAGGGUGAUCGGAUGGAUUACAACCAAGAAGGCAUCCAAAAAGCCGCUCAAAAGGGUCUACUCAAUCCACCCCCUCCAAACUUCCAAAGCCUCAAUGAAGUAGGCAAUAUCACUGUCAGUUGGACGCUAGGCAAGAUGGUCUUGGAAAUCUCUCAACAGCUGUCCUCUAGCCCACAAAGCACGAGCUCAAUUGGUCGUCUACCUGGAAUCCACACCUCUCAACUCGGAGGGGGACUGAAAGCGCAACUGAGUCAUGCCAAGUCGUGGAUCGAGCCGAUGGCCAUCCUCGGAAUGACCCUCGGAGCGUUGGUGAUCUGGUUCCUAUACUCAUGUUCGAAGACGCUCUGUCAAUUCCAAAAGGAGCGACGUCUAGGCGGGCAGGGUUACGUAUUGGCCUCGAUGGAGGAGGGCGAUGGGGGAAGGAGAGACUCUAAUCACACCCGCCCAAGCACGCCCAGAGUGCUGAGGAAACCGAGCCUCAGUUCUCCUCGGAGUUUCUUUCAUUCGGCCGGCACUGGACCCUCGGGUCUGAUCCAGCAAACCGUCUCCCGGGCCUUGGGGGUCUGGACCAACCGGAGCAGUAACACGCCCGUCCACAGGAGUCUUUCAGCGAGUCAUCCGAGCUCGCCUCGGGCGGGUCGACCGUCCCGGCUUGGCUCGCCCAACCAGCCGAAAUUUUCGAUCAGUGGUGGGUACAGUGAGGGGGCAGAUGAUGAGGACCAGAGGAUGCUCAUCCCGCCGGUCUCGAUCACGACCUCCUUAUCGGCACCGGCGGGCGGGACGGGCUACCAAUCGACGACCUCCUCGCGCACCUCGGUCGAUGAAGGCCUCUUCAACACCGUGCCCAUCAGUAGGACCGGCUCGAGCAGCGGCACCAAACGGUUCAACGACGAGUGGACCACCCCGGCAACUCAUCAUCAACUCUCGCAAGACGGCUCAGUCAUCCAUGCUGAUCAUCUCUUCCCCCUCGAACGUCCUAAGUUUCGAUUCAGUCACUCCAAGUCCUUCCAGUCUUUGUCGUCCCCUUCCGACCAUCAACUCGACGACCAUCUCGAUUAUCGGCCCCCGUCGAGCCACGAUCGCUCGCUCUCUUCUGCCCCUCAUGAGCCUCUGCAUUCUCAUCAGCAUCGAACUAUCAAUAGUCAUAGUUGUAGUAAUUUGACCGACUAUUCUUAGUCUUCUUUUCGUUCUAUUUUUUUGUUUCCCCUCUUAGUUACGCUUUUUGAAACGCUGUUUUAUUUAUCUUCAGAUCCGGCCUUCAGUUUGGUUUCGUUUCCGGCUGUUCCUUGCAGAUCAUAGAGAGUUCUUUCUUCUUCUCACCGUGUUCGUUCAUUUGUUUGUUUAUUUAUUUGAUGUUUGCACAUAUGGGUUAUCAAUAUGUGUACAACCAAAAAAAAC